UUGAAAUCCAAACUUAGCGGAUGGUCCCGACUUAAGAAGCACAUGGUUGUGGAGCAGGAGGAGCCCCAGUUUCCAGAAGUGGGCUCUCAGAGUGAGAUCAGUGGGCAGGACCAGCGAGAGGCAAAAAGAGAACAAGAAAAGCCCGGGGACGCGCCCGGUGACCAGGAUGAUAGCCAAGCCAAAGACAGUCCCAGGGCAACCAAGAUGUGGGACGCCAUGCUUUUCCAAAUGUUUUCCUCAAAAGAGAACAUCAUGCACCAAAUCCAGCUCAACCAAAGUGAGGAGAAGAAGGACGAGAACAAGGACGAGCUGAAGGAGAUCCCUUCGUUUGCGUACCGGCUGCCGGUGUUGCUUUUCAGUCCAAGGUUUGAUGCCAAAAAGCUGAGGGAGGCAGCAUCGAGGCCGGUCACGAAAAUUUCUACUGUGUUUGAAAUGGGUCUGAUUGGGAGAAAAGGUAAAGAAGAGGAACCAAAAGACUUCAACAGAACAGCCAGAGGUUUCACUGCUCCUUAA